GAAGAGACCGAGCCGUAGCGGAGCUGUCCGGAAGCUCCGGCUGUGGCUCCUCAACAUAAACAGCUAUGGCGGAGGCAGCAGUAGCGUCUACGGCGACUCCGGCAGUAACAGGAGGUUGGACCAAACACGUAACCUGCAGGUAAGACAAGACGACCAGGAGCUGAAAUGUCGAAUAGAGUGUCGUGGUCUGUAGUUUGAGGCAGAAAUAGAGACGAUACGGCGGUUAACGGCCGACUGACAGGAGCGUCUUCCGAGUGUCGGUCAGCUGUUAGCUAGCUGGCUGUUAGCUUCCUUGACUGUAGUGUUGUUAUGUUCACGGUGUGUGUGUGUGAGUGUGUGUGUUUUCACGGCUCUGUGUGUGUGUGUGAGUGUGAGGUUAUCUGCCUGUUUGGGAGCUUUAAUGUGAAAUGCUGCUCUUUACUGUCACCAUCAAACAACCGAGAGAUAUGAGGAUUAACUUCAUUAACUGUCUGUUAACAGACACUUUCACCUGUUAACUAACUAACUGUCAGUUUUAAUGGUCAGGACGGUGAUUAUAUCGGAGCUAGUUUCCCUUUUGGAACACAUUGUUGGUUGUUCCUCGCUGAGUUUAAUAAUCAGAAAGUGAAAGUCGACAUUCAGACAGUUUAAAAUGUUCAGAUGUUAUAACCAGGGUAGAUUAAUGAGCAUUAAUAUAGUAGAGAUGAUACUGCUAAAGCGUUAGAGGAUUAUCUGAUUAAAAACUCAAACAAAGAGUAAAGACAUAUCAGACAUAUUCAUGUGUGUGUGUGUUUAUAUAGACCUUUAAUGCCUCACUCUGUCUUUGUGUCAGUGUGUAGGGCUGGGCGAUAUGGACGAAAACUCACAUCCUGAUAUAUUUAGGCUGAAUAUAGAUAUAUGAUAAAUAUCCUGGUAUUGUUAUCGCAAAGUGAGAGCAAAUGUUUAGUCACAGUCGAAGCCAAAUAUGAUAUGUCAAGAGUAUUUCUAUUUAAACUGACUGAAUGAAAUGAUGCUCAGCUGUUCAGAGAACAAUAACAUGUAAACAUAAAUACUGUAUAACCACAGGAGUACCUUUGUUUUUAAAUUAGAGCUUUCAUUCAAUAAAAAAUAUAUUAGUUCCCAACCGAUAUGGAUUAUUUGUGUGUGGGUCUGAUUACUGAUUAAUCGGAUGAUUUUUACAUUUUUUUAAUGAAGUUAUAUAUAUAUAUAUAUAUAUAUUUAUAUAUAUAUAUAUACAUAUAUAUAUAUAUAUAUAUAUAUACUGUAGACUACUCCGCUUCACGCCGACAGGAAGACCGACUGAUCAGACUCGGACCAGAAAAGCGUUUUCAAACACAUCGUUUUGUCUUGUUGAGUACGGGUGAAGGUCGGAGGGAAAAAAGUUUCUGAAAGUUUCAGGAAGGUCUCGUUUGUUAUUGAUGAACUUGUAGACAUGUAUACAUAUAGUAAAAGACACUGAAUUGAACAAUAAGUGCUCAGUUUAAGAAAAUAGUGUUUAAACAUCAUUUUGAGAUUACAGAUCUGUCUUUCUGAUCUUGCACAAGACUAUGAACUGAGUAAACAUUUCCCCCCUUCUUUAUUUUGACUUUGAUAAACAGUCAGUGCUGUCUUCAGGUCGACAUCAGAGGACAGACAAGUGUGUCCUUCUUUGUUUCAAGAUUUAGUCAACAACAGCAUCUGAUAUCUGUAUAUCUAUUUAUGUGAUAUGGUCCAAUUCCCCUAUCUCCCCUAUCCUUUCUUUCAUUUCGUCCCUGUUUCGGUAGAUUUUCUGCAAACUUGAGGACAGGGACCCAAACGGACUCGAGAGAGAGAGACAGAUUUAUUAAUGUCAUUUUGAUGUAUCAGCAUCGGCCCUCAUCACCAUAUAUUUGUAAAUACAUUUAACAGCAUAAAUUGUAAUAGUAAUGCCGUUAACUGGAGUCCAUUCGUCUCUCUCUGCAGAUAGGUCGAUAUCUUCUCCCUCAUGUUUGUUGAGUCGGUGGUACUCUCGCGUGAAAAGGACACAUGAGCGUAUGAGGGCAGUGAUGGUUCCAUAUUGGUACAGAUCCGUAUCAUCAUACAGCAGGUUGUUAUUAUUAUGAUGAUGAUGAAGAACAACAGAGAGGAGACGUCAGAGGUGAAGGAACAGCUGUUGUUGUAGGAGUUUAGACGAGGACACCAGAAAUGUCGCAAAUGUAGGAAAUGUGAACAUAGGAAAUCUGCUGCAGCUCAGCUGACCAAUCACAGGGCUGUGUGUGUUUUUGAGAAGGUGCAUAUAUAAGCUUUUUUAAAGGGUUACAUGAACCGACAGGACCAGAGCGAACAAGUGGAGAGUGUUGCUCUGAGGACGGCUCAGGUAGUGAUCACGAUCACUGCUGUUCUCACUGUGAUUUUGUUUCGUUCUGGUUAUUUCUGUCACUUUGUCGCCGUUUUACCGGUUAAAUGUGAGCGUCGUCUUUAUAUCGAUUUCCAGUUCAUCUUCAGACUCCAUCAUGUUUCUGCAGCUCUGUGUCUGUUUCGAGUUUAUAUCAUGAGACAGCUUCUCAUCUCUCCACGAUUGAAUACUGUGAUAAUUUUAUCAUCUUAUUUUCACUGAUAAAACUCUCUGUUUUAUGUACGGUCUAUCACUCCGCUGACAGCCGGUCCGUUGACUCUGUGUUUCUAAUCUGAGUUCACGUCUCCGGGCCUCUGUAAAGUCGUUUUAAUGUUUUUCUCUGAUUUUUAAGAACGAUUAUUUUUAGUUUGCUCAUAGACAGCCUCGUUUACGUAGAUUCCCUGUAGAUGUCCAUGUUGGUUCAUGUCCAAUGACUCAGAUUCUGGUUCUGAUUCUGGGGAUGGGUGUUUCUCUGUUUUUCUGUUUUCAGGACGUCUCAUUAUUAAUCCUCCAUAAUCUCUAAAUCCACUGAUGUGAACGUGGAAAUCUUUGAUACUAAGUGGUUUCUCCUCUGUUGUUUCUGUAUUUUCAGGUACUUCAUGCACGGUCUCUGCACAGAAGGAGAAAACUGUCGAUACUCCCAUGAUCUCACCAACAGCAAACCAGCAGCCAUGAUUUGCAAGUUCUUUCAGAAGGGAAACUGUGCGUUCGGGGACCGGUGCAGGUAGAGGAGCAGCUGUUUUUUUCUUUUGUACAUGUGAACGUCCUGUAACGCUCUGACUCGGAUGUGUUGUGAUCAUGUUUGUGGUCAGCUGCCUCGGCCUAAAAAAGGCCUGCAGUUGUCGGUGGAGCUGCAUUAUGACUUCUCUUCUAAAAGUGUCUCAGCUUCUGAGAAGUGCUGGAGCUCCUCAAGGGGACCUGACACCUGAGACCGGCCCGGGUGUCAACAUGUUGUUGGUCUGUGUGUGUUUCAGAGCUCAGGCUGCUCCGUGGAAAAACUGCUCCGUACUCUCUCUGCUGUGAAACUGGAUUUUAUUAUUUUGAGGAGGUUUGAUGAAAUUCUGCCGGUCGGAUCAGAACCACGGGACAGGACGUGUUUGAUUUGAUCUGGAAGGAAAUGUUGAUUUCUGGGUUGUUCUCAUAAUUGGAGCAAUCAUAAAUCACUUCAACUUUAUUAUGUCCCAAACAUGGGCAAAUCGUGUCGCAGCAGGAACAGACAUUUAAAACACUGACAUACAUCAUAAAAGAAAAUAAAGAAGAUAAAAUACAUUUACAUAAAAAACAGUUCAGGAGGUAAAAAGACGGUAAAAAGAAAAGCAUCAUAUGUCAGUCAUACCAGUAUUUUUUCAUGAACAGAGUGAAUAAGAUAAGAAACAAAGUUCAAUGUGUGGUUUGAGUACCAAUAAAAGACCCCGAGAUGAAGCUUGAUCUAUAAUGAUCAUAACACACUUGUCAGUUUCAAGAAAGUACCCGUAGAUGUAGAUGUUCAGAAACGACACCAAUCUAAAAUAAAUAUAUAUAUUUUUUAUACUUUAUUUUUAUAGAAACACUGAACUGAAGAUGUUGAAGCGAACAGUUGGUCACCUAAACCUUCACACUGUUGUUUUUAAUAACGUGGUUCAAUCAUCGGCUGGUUUUCGUCUAAAUCCUCGGAUGUUGUUGGUUCUCAGGUUCUGAUCCGGUUUUGUUCACAUUUGUUUCCUCCUCUAGAAAAAUCAGGUUUAAAUGUUCAGAAGUUAUUCCUGCAAAGACUGAGAGGAAAACAAACUCGACAUUCACUGAUUAUGAGCAGUUUGGAGAUUAACUACGAGGAUUUUUUUAACACAUUUGUUCAUGAAAAAUCUCAUAAAUAUAGUGAGUUUGAACGACUGUGACCGGGCCGUAAAUCUGCUUUAUAACAGUCGUGUAUCUGAAUAUAUUUAAUCAUGAGUCUUUUUUUUUAUGGUAUCUGCUGUAUCUGGUUUGAAAACCGUGUUUAUAAAGAGGAAGUCGACCCCUUUGAACUGAAAUCUGAGUCCAUCAGUGGCGUCUUGAAUAUCCGCCUCGCCGUGGCGUGCUCUGAACGUGGUCAUUAGUAUUUAUUUGUAGGGAGACGCGCUCAGACAUGCAGAGGCCGGGUCUUUUGAGCAGCGGAUUAGUCUGCUGCUCUGUUGUCAGGCUGGAGUCAGACAGCAGCAGCAGCAGCAGCAGGCUGUACAGACGGUGUCUGCUGCCUGUCUGGCUGCAUCCCCAUAGUUACCAAGACCCUCUGAGGACCACCAGCUGCAGCACGGCCACUUUACACACACACACACUCACACACACAUCAUUGUUUUACAUGCUGUGGUGUGUUUAGGGUCUGUAGGAAGCCUGAAGCUGAGCGUGUGCAGGUCUGAGGUGUUGGUGUUGUCGUUAUCGUUGUUGUUGUUGUCGUUGAUAACUCACAUUCCUCCAUCCUCGUUGUGACGGAGGUGUCCUCAUUAUUCCUGUGACCCCUGCAUUAAGAGCCUAUAGAAAGAGUCUCCCUGGGGGGGGGGGGGUUAUUAUGGUUCAAGUCCUCCGCCUCUGUCUAUUGUGGUGGGCUCUGUCUCUCUCUCUCUCUCUCUCCUGCAGCCCACAGGUCCAGACACAGUGCACUGCAGCCUGCAUGGCAAUUGCAUAACGCCGUGUUUCCCUCUGCUCUCUCUCUCUCUCUCUCUCUCUGAGCCCCCUCCUCCUCCUCCUCCUCCUCCUCCUCCUGCGCUGUUGCUGGGUUCCCUGGGUUCAUUCUGCUGCAGCAGCCUCCUCUCUUAUUUAUGCAUCUCUCUCUCUCUCUCCCCUCCCCUCCCUGUUCUUCCAGUGGCUCUGUGGGAGCAGACUGGUUAACGGUGAUGUCUGACAGGCUGCAGCUCUUCCUUUUGUACGACUGUGUGCUCAGACUGUCACGGCCUGUUAGUCAUGCUGUAUCCUCGCCGUGGCGUUGACAUGUUUUUAUACUCGGACCACUUAGACAUGCAUAUGCAGGCUCUCCGUGUCGUCAGGGCUGCAGCGUCCGUCAUGCUCGAGCCGCCUGAUUAAAGAUUCCCAGCAUGGAGAACGGCGACAGACCGAUGUGAAGCACUUACAAUUGGUCUGCUGUUUCCAGACUGAGAUAUAAAACAUGAAUGUUAAUGAUGACGGUCUCUUCUUCAGUUUGUCUGUGCAGAUCUAGGCUGUUUGUAUCUAUGUGAUCUACAUCUAUGAAGUGUUUUAGUCAUUUGGAGCGAACAGAGAAACGAGCAGAACCAUCAGAAUGUGUCUGAGAGACACUGAAGUUUAACAUGAAGUUUCUGUUUCUGCUUUAAAUGACUCUGAGGAGAACUUCACUCCUGAUACAAACAUGUUAAAGAUCUUCUACCAGAGCUGAGGGCCGGACGAUUGUGGCAAAAAUAAUAAUCAGGAUUAUUUUGACUGAAACACAAUUAUUCACUAAUUUCAAAACUUGAAUUUAUUGAACCAACAAAACUUAACUUUGAAUUAGCCCUGGGCGAUUUGGCAAAACAAAUGAUCACGAUAUACUCUGUCCUAUCGUCCGAUCUCGAUUAUUACCACGAUUUUUUUUUAACUGCCUGUUUUAAAGCAUCUGUACUAAAAACUAAAGAAACUAAAGAUUAGUUCAACAUUUUAUCAACGUACAAAGUAAAAAAAACAAAGAAUAAGAUACACUUAGAAAAAUAUAAAAACAUUUUAACUCAACAGAACAACAAAAGUUGAUAAAUACUCAAUAAUCCAGUGAGUUAGUUCACAGUCCUGAGUGUUUCUGUAGGUUCAUUAUCAGAGAUAAUGAAGACAUAUUAAAAUGUAAAUGUAAAUGUAGAUGAUAUGAUUAAUCGCUGUUUUGGUCUGGUGGCUUCACCGCCAGUUGUGGCUAAACUGCUAAUGCUACUCGUACCGUCAGCAGUGACAGGCUGUACAGACUCCGCCCACAUUCAAACAUUAAAACAGUGAGACGUCGUCUCCUUCAGAUCGGCGUUUUUGACCCUUUGAAUUCAUCUGAAUGUUGGAUUUAUCAGCUCUGAGUGUUGUGUCAUGUGUUUAAGUUUAUUCAGCUUUCAGCAUGAUCACAGAUGUUUAAAAAAGACAGAUGCCAUUAAAAACACUGAAUUAUUUUGCUGAUUACAAAAAAUAAAACUUCAAAUAUAAAAUGCAGCUUAAGAAGCAACAACCUAAAAACUUAAAAAGCUAAACACCAUUCUCAUUUAACAGCCUGCACAUAUAUGGGAUUGGUGAUUUCUUAUAUCUCUCAGUUCGGCAUGUUGGGGUGUCCAGGUCAUCUCCAUUCCGUGUUUGUCGUCCAGAGAUCUCUUUCCUAAGUGGGGGUAGCCAGUUGUCUGAAGUUGGACUUGAGCUCUGAGUGUUUCUCUGUAAACCUCAGACUGUCCUGUAGAAGAUCGAUGAUCUCUGCCCGCCUCACAUGUUUAUUAUUUACAGGAGGAGGUGAACUCCUCAGUCAGAGCAGGAGCAGGUCACAGGUCUUUAUCAGAACCAGGAUCAGGUCUGCACAAACGGAGCUCACUGAAGGUCAGGAUCCCGCAGUUUUCUUUGUCCUCGGUCUCUGUAAACAUCAGGUCCUGAAUCCAACAGGACUUAGUCACGUGGACAAACAUCAUGGAGGAGCAGCUGCUCACCGAGUCUGUUUGACUUCCUUUUUAUGACAGCGAGUUUGAGACGGAUCGUAUGAAGACAACCACAGUCAGGACCCGGUCCAGAAUGAUUGAAAGUCUGAAUAUGAUCGUAAAGUUAAACGUUUCAAAAACAGGAUUUGUAAAAGUAGUUCCUGUGUCUCUGUAGACCUUUGUGGACCCAGCAGACCAGGUUCUGGAGUUCUAAGAGUUAAAACUGAGGAUGCAGCAUCUAUGAUUUCCAGUUCUAUGUUAAAAGGUGAAACGUCUCAAGUAAGUCGAGUUGUCCUUUCCAAAAGAGUGAUAGAUUUAGAUCCAUCAGACCUCAGGACAGUUCACAGACAAGUGAUUUUGAACCCAUACAGUGACUCCACCUACAGAGUCCUGAGUUCUGUUAACUGGUCUCUCUCUCUCUCUCUCUCUCUCUCUCUCUCUCUCUCUCUCUCCUCUCUCCUCUCUCUCUCUCUCUCUCUCUCUCAGAUUUGAACACUGUAAACCAACAAAGACCGAGGAGCCGCCGACCUCGCAGACGCUGCCGCUGCCCUCCGCCUCACUGGCCGGCCUGUCAGACUCCGAACACAGCGGGCCAACAUCUGGUCUAGAGACCGCCAGAGACUGGGUCAACGCUGCAGAGUUUGUCCCAGGACAGCCCUACUGUGGACGAGGUGGGUGCCCGAGUCUGUGAAGUGUCCUUAAGAACGGAUCAGAACAUGUUUAUUUAAGGUCCUCUCUGUGUUUCUGUGUUCGUCAGCCGAGCCGGUGAAGGCCGACGUCGCUGUCCCGCUCAUCGAGGAGUUGGACACCAACUCAGCUGAGAGCAAGGAGCUCAGGAAGCAGCUCUGCCCGUACGCCGCCGUCGGAGAAUGUCGCUACGGCAUCAACUGCGCCUAUCUCCAUGGAGACGUGUGUGACAUGUGCGGCCUGCAGGUGCUUCACCCCACCGACAACGCUCAGCGCUCAGAGCACACAAAGGUGACGCCCAGAAAUUCACAUUAUUUUUGACUCCUGAUGAAAAACUCAGGCUCCACCUGCCUUUAAGGGUUCGACUCAGGUGAUUAAUUAACCUUAAUUAACCUUAAUAAACCCUUUAUUAACCCUUUAUUAACAUUAAUUAACCCUUUAUUAACCUUAAUAAACCCUUUAUUAACCUGUAACUAAAGACAGAAAACAGACUUUUAUUAACCCGUUAUUAACCCUUUAUUAACCGUUUAUAAACCAGUCACUAAAGACAGAAAAAAACCCUUUAUUAACCUGUUAUUAACCCUUUAUUAACCUGUAAUUAACCUGUUAUUAACCUGUUAUUAACCUGUUAUUAACCUGUAAUUAACCUGUAAUUAACCUGUUAUUAACCUGUUAUUAACCCUUUAUUAACCCUUUAUAAACCAGUCACUAAAGACAGAAAACAACCCUUUAUUAACCUGUUUUUAACCCUUUAUUAACCUGUUAUUAACCCUUUAUUAACUUUUUAUUAACCAUUUAUUAACCCUUUAUAAACCAGUCACUAAAGACAGAAAACAACCCUUUAUAAACCUGUUAUUAACCUUUUAUUAACCCGUUAUUAACCCUUUAUUAACCUGUUAUUAACCCUUUAUUAACCCUUUAUAAACCUUUAUCAACGCUUUAUUAACCCGUUAUUAACCUUCUAUUAACCUUUAUUAACCCUUUAUAAACCCUUUAUUAACCUGUUAUUAACCCUUUAUUAACCCUUUAUAAACCAGUCACUAAAGACAGAAAACAGCCAUUUAUUAACCUUUUAUUAACCUGUUACUAAGGACAUAAAACAGAAUUUUAUUAACCCUUUAUUAACCCUUUUAAGGGUUUGACUCAGGCGAUUAAAGGUGAAGCAGACUCUGAAACAGCCUUUUAUUAACCCUUUAAACCUUGAUUAACCUUUUAUUAACCCCUUUAUAAACCAGUCACUAAAGACAGAAAACAGACCCUUAUUAAACCUUAAAUAACCUUUUAUCAACCCUUUAAUAACAUUUAUUAACCUUUCACUUACCUUUUAUUAAUCCUUUAUUACAGCCACAAAAUAGCCCUUAUAAACCAGUCACUAAAGACAGAAAACAGACCCUUAUUAAACCUUAAAUAACCUUUUAUCAACCCUAUAAUAACAUUUAUUAACCUCUUAUUAACCUUUCACUUACCUUUUAUUAACCCUUACAGCCACAAAAUAGCCCUUAAUUAAUAUGUAACUGUAGACAGAAAAAAGCGCUUUAAUAACCUUUUAUUACCAUUUUAUUUAUACUUUAAUAACCCUUUAUUAUCCUGUUACUGAAAACAUAAAAAGCCCUUUAUUAACCCUUUAUUAACACUUUUAUUACCUUUUAUUUACCAUUUAAUACCCCUUUACUACAGACAGAAAACAGCCUGAAGAAUCUGUGACUUUAAUCUUUUUUCUGAGGGGAUACAUUUUGAACAAACUUGUGUGUGUGUGUGUACGCACAUGUUUAUGUGUGUGUGUCUGUGUGUGUGCGCGUUUCCCCCGUCAGGCCUGCAUCGAGGCUCACGAGAAGGACAUGGAGAUCUCGUUCGCCAUCCAGCGCAGUAAGGACAUGAUGUGCGGCGUUUGCAUGGAGGUGGUGUUCGAGAAGGCGAACCUGAGCGAGCGACGCUUCGGCAUCCUCUCCAACUGCAGCCACUGCUACUGCCUGAAGUGCAUCCGCAAGUGGAGGAGCGCCAAACAGUUCGAGAGCAAAAUCAUCAAGUGAGCGAGUCGGAACACAACGAAACGAGUUUUUCUCUGUUAACCUGCAGUUAUUUUUGAGUUUCAGACAGAAUCUUAAAAAAACUGAUUUUAAUGAAUUACAGAUGAUCCGGACAGAGACUUUAAAAUAUCUAAACUGAUGCAGUAAUGUAUUUGUCAAAGUAGUUCAGGUUCUUUUUGUUGACCGGUUGUGUUGUGACUGAAGCUCGAUGUCACUCAGGACGUCGUUCGCGGUUCUUUAAACGAAUAUCUAACAGCGCAGCACCGUGACGCUCCGCCUGGUCUUUGUUUUUUUGCAGGUCUUGCCCGGAGUGCCGAAUCACAUCAAACUUCGUGAUCCCGAGCGAGUACUGGGUGGAAGAUAAAGACGACAAGCAGAAACUCAUCCAGAAGUACAAGGACGGCAUGGGGUACAACACAAACACACAAACACACAAACACACAAACACACAAACAUCAGACUCUGUAGACCUGAUUCCUCGAUACUGAACAUUAACGAGACACUGAAGCUCCCGUCGAUACGAUGUGAUUAAAAACUGAUUAGAUAACGAUACGACUUCAUUAUAAGAGGAUUCGGUUUUAUUUUGAAGGCUGGAUUCUUAGCGCCCCCUGGUGUCCGUGUGACGCCGCCUCUUGAAUGAUUUUAGCUGAAGAGAAGCUUCUGGAUGUUUUUGUGUCGACCGAGGAGCAAAAACACUCUCAGGUCUAAAUCAGGAGGAGGAGGAGAAACCGGAGAGCGGAUCCUUCCAGGAGUCUCCACGGUUCUCCCUGUGAGACGGACAGCUGGGUGGGUGGACGAUCAGAACCGUGACAGGAGUGGGCGGUUCUGAUGGUGGUAAAAACUAAAGGAAAGGAGGGUCUGCAGGAUUAAUCAGAACUGCAGAAUAAAACCAGAACAGGCUCUGAAACGCUUUUUAACCCUUUAAAACCGUGAUGUGGAGAUUUUUAGUUAUUAUGGUCAGAAAACGACUGAAGUCUGAGAGCUGUGGUCGGUUUUUAUAAGAGGACAUGAACUUUUAGGUGAUUAUUCCACAGGAUCUGUAACUGUCAGCUGAUUAAAAAGAAGAAAACACAAAAACUCGUUUGUUUUUUUUAUGAUCGUAAACCUUAAAGUUUUUAUUUUACGUUUGAAAAAUCGACCUUGACAUUUUUAGAAUCAGAGUUUAGGUUCAGGAGAAGCAUCUUCUAAAUCACUCUCCUCCUCCUCUACGAACUGUAGCAGCUGUUUCAUAGAUUAUUAUUUAUUUACUUUAUUUACGAGUUUUUAUUUCUGUAUUUAAAAAGAAAAACACUAUUUUUCUUUUCUUGCUCAGUCUCCUUUUCUCCCUCAUCCUCGGUCAAAGUUGUAGUUUUGGUUUUUCUGAUCGGACAAACUUUGUCAGAGUUACGGUAACAACACUCCGGGCAUAAAAAACAGAGCGGCGGCGUUAUGGCUGUAGGUAGAGAACCCCCCCCUCAAAGACUGAUCAGCUGACCCGGUCUGACCUGAUGAUGGCGUGCUGUGUUUCCUCCUCAGGAGUAAACCGUGUCGGUAUUUUGACGAGGGUCGCGGGACGUGCCCCUUCGGCUCAAACUGUUUCUACAAACACGCCUUUCCUGACGGCCGGCUGGAGGAGGCGCAACCUCAGAGACGACAGACCGGGUCCAACAGCAGAACCCGGGUAAGACCUCACACACACACACACACACACACACACACACACACACACACACACACAAAACUCUGUUCAGAUCAAAUCUGCAGUAAUUCUCCCAAAAAAAGAGAACCCUCUUCUCCUCCUCCUUCACUGGAGCGCCCUCUGCUGGACGUUACAGUGAAGAUCAGGGACCAGGAAAAUAAAAGCGUCUGUAAGAAGAGACACACAGCUUUACGUUUAAUACAGGGUUGAGUUUAUUAUUAAUACUAAUGAUAAUACAGUAGAUUAAUAAUCAAUAAAGUUAGUUUAUCAGGAGUCUGUUUGAUGAUCAGAGUUCAUGACUGUGGAGUCCACACAGUGGGAGGUAACACAUGAGCUCAUGGAUCAAACCUCGACGGUCCAGAAGGACCUGCAGGUGUGACCCUCACCACGAAUUUCCACCGCAUCCGGAACGGCGGCGAUUAACAGAUGUGUUUGGGAGGCGAAUUUCGUGGCGGAUUAUGGACAACGGGAAUCACGAGAACCCGCAGAUUCACGUUCAAUCCCGUGAUAACGAGUCGUCUCUCUACAGACAGACACAUAGACAUAUAAGCAGUAGAUUUUGUCCUUCCAGAGGAGGAAAUCUACUUCUAGACUUCUAGAAUCAGCAUCUCCUCAUCCAUGGUGUCAUCGGGGUGAAAUGACGUCUAAAAACCUUUCACUUGUUCGUCUCCGAGUGUUUUAUUUUGAAAAGAAGCUGGAUGUUUUAUUUUGUGUCUGUGCCCGACUUCCUUUCCAGCACGGGUUAAUCUGUGCUGAAUUUAUCCGCCAUGCUCCGGCGUCCAGAAAAAAUAGAACUCUUGUGAUCAGCUGAGGAGUCCGGCGAUCCGCAGAGGAACGGAAAGAAGUCGGUGUAAAUUGACACGUUAACUUGAAUGGUUACGAUCAGCUACGAUCGGAGGAUACGACCUUUUAGGAGACGAUCAGGAUGAAGGUGGAGAUCGGGGUAAUACUCUUUUGGAGAGAAUCGACACGUUAACUUGAAUGGUUACGAUCGGCGUGUACGGCCUCUUCGUAGCCGUUCUGGAUGCGGUGGAAAUUGGGGGUCAUACAUCAUGUGCAUUUAAGGUGGUUAGGUCCUCUGUCCUCUGGUUUUAAAAAGUCUUUCCCUCCCCCCCCUGAAUGUGUCCUCUCACUCUGGUCGUGUCCCCCGCCCUCAGACCUCGAGACGAACUCCGCUGUGGGACAUCUUCGACGAGCGGGAGAGCACCGACUCCUUCGACAACGAGGACGAGGAGAUGGUGACGUUCGAGCUGAGCGAGAUGCUGCUCAUGCUGCUCGCCGCGGGGACGGACGACGAGGUGACGGACUCAGAGGACGAGUGGGACUUGUUUCACGAGGAGCUGGACGAUUUCUAUGAGAUUUACCUAUAGCAGCCCCGCCCCUUUAACCCCGCCCUUCCCGUAUACUAGACUACACUACACUAGAAUGGACUGUCUUGUGCGAGUGAUGGACAGUAGCUCCUCCCUCCCUCCCUCCCUCUCCUCUGUAUCGUGGCAGUGCCUUUAAGCAGGCCAUUAAUAACAAACUUCUAAAAAGAUAAAAAAAGACCAAAAAAAAAAUCGAACCGUCAGUGCGCUCGUGCUAAACUUUUUCUAUCCUCGUGAGUCUAUCCGUGCGGUACGUGUAAAAUCUAAAAAGGACAAAAACAUCAAUAUAAAUCUAACUGAGAUGAUAAAACUUUCUUCAGAUAUUGCUAAUAAACAUCGUCAAGUUUAUUUGUGGGUGUGGGUUUGACUCGUUCAUCAGACGUUCGUGUGAGACUCUGAGGAUUCACUCGGCACAUUUCCUGUCAGUGUGACGGCAUGAUGUAAGAUUUUAACCACAGAUGUCUUUAUUAAAGCUGCUCAGACUCCACCAGGUGUGCUGACCUCCAUCUUUCCCUCCGUCACCUCGUCCAUUCAGGCUCAGACGUCUCUCCACGAGGAGCUUUCAAAACCAAAAACUUUAGAUAGGAGUCAGGACCGAAACCACCAGCCCUGAUCCCGGACCGCUGUCUCUGCCGGUCACAGAUUUCAGACUCUGAGCGGCUCAGAAAACCAAAUCCACGUCACCGUAAAGGGGGGAGGAUGAAGUCCUGCAGAGUUUUUUUAACUCAAAUCCUGUCGAACCAAAAACAGACGCAGCGACGAUGUCUCUGAACAAACUUUACUUCUCAUCACUUUAAUAUUCAGGAGAUCCUCUGAACGGAUCCGUGAAAUCUGCGGUUUUAAAAAUAUCAAAGUUCCCAAAAGUUCAUUUUUUUGUUCCAGAAAGAAAAACACCUUUAAUAACCAAACAGAGAAACACGGAGGAGUGGAGCCACGCUAAAGGAAAAACACUUUAUUUCAGGUUCAUGAACUAAAAGUAUGAAAAUAAAGAUAAAUAAGGCUGUCAUGAGAAAGAGAGAGGAGCUAAUUUCAGAUUAGAGUUAAUCUCUGAGAAGGAGCCGUCUGCUCUGACAGGAACGAGGAUUAUUUUACAGCCGACUCCUUCAUGUCUGCAGAAUAAACUCAGUCCUUAAAAUCCUGAGUCUCGUAUCCCUCAUGUGCUCAAAGGUUAUUAAAGUUUAUUAAAUGUUAUUAAAGAUAAUUAAAGGUUAUUUAGAUAUUCAUGAAACAGUAAACUGAAGCAGACGCUCCUCGUUCCUCGUUUUGACUCUGAAAUUCGGACUUUAUUCACAUUUACGACUCUGUUCUGGUGUCAAACUCUUUUCUCAUGAAUACUUUUACCUUCAUACAUAAAUAUACUAAAAACUCCUAAAACCUUUUUUUUUUUUUUUUUGAUAAUAAUUUAAAACUUAAUUCUCAUAAAUUUAGAUUCAUCCUUUAAUAAAACUGUUGAAUCUAUAAACCUUAUUUUUUUUGCUAAUUUAGGACAUUUUUGUAAAAUAACAAAUUAAUUUUUUCUCAUUUAUUUAAAAAAAUUAAGUCAAAAUAAUUUAAUCCUCAUAGAUUUAGAAACUUAUUUUCAUCAGUUUGACUUUUUUUUCUUAAUUUCACUCAUUUCUCGAAAUAUUAAAACUGUUUUUUAUCACUUCUUCACAUUUAUUUACAUUUUCUCAGCGAAAACUUUUUAAAGUUUAUUUUUGAUAUUUUUCUUUAUACUGAAACUUUAUUUUUGUUGUUUUGUUUUCUGAAUUAACUACUUUAUCAACAUUAUUUUUGUUAAAUCUUCAGUGUUUCUCUCUGCCGUGGCUCUUCUUCUCCUCCGUCAUUUAAAGCCGUCUACAUUUCGCCCUGAAGUUGUGAUGAGGCAGUGAAAGGGUUAAAAUGUUUUACAGAAGAGUUUCGUUUCUUUAUUUACGUCUUAAUUCUGUAAAAUCGCUCAGUCAGACUUUAACGAACCUCCAACAGUCUCAGGAUUUGACUUUAACUCUUCAGCACACUGAUGUGACGAGCUCAGUGCUGCCCCCUGUGGUUGGAAGCAGCAUUACAGUUUCAUUUGCACUGAACUCAACAGUAGUCAUGUCCCACACACGUCCUUCCACCAGGAGGCAGCACUGAGUCAGUUUCUUCAGAGUCACAUUGAAUGAGCCGCUCAGAGUCUGGAUCAGGCUCAGGUGUGAAACCGCACACCUGUUCACCUGUAGACGUGGUCCGGGACCCUCUGAUAGAGAGUUAGAGGUCCGAGUUUCAUCAAGAGUUUUUUUACUCCUGCUCUAAAUCAGCCAAACAGAAAAGAUGAAAACGAACAGCUUUGUUUAAACUCCUCUUUAACCUCCAUCUCUCCUCUGAGCUAAAACACCUGACGCCCCGCAGGUGUUCCUCUGAACCAGGUAACCAUGUGAUCUCAGCCCCUCCUCGUGUACAUUGACCCCUCCCCCCUGAGUGAUUCAUGUUAAACCUCCUCCUGAAAGCCGGUCUCUACCUGUUGAACUCAUUGGAAUGCAUAUGUUUAUACUGAAAUGUGUGUUUUCUAUGUUCCACAGCAUCCAUCCUAACUUGAAAUUAAAGUUUAUUAUCAAUCGAAGUCUGACCGUCUGU